CCGAGAACGCGUCUACACGGUAACCCAACGGGAAACAUUGUUUCUGGUACUGGACGAAAAAAAAAACAACACAUUUUUAGUACUUAGUAUUUAAAGUUCCGUGUGCCAUUUAGUUGAAACUACAUUGCCGCAGUCCAUGAGCACAAAAAUGAGAACUUUAGAAGCCUCUAAAGAAAAAAGUCAGUUGAAGACUGAAGGCUUUACGGUGAAAUCAACCAUGAAGAACUCUGUCGUUGUUGGACCACCUGCAGCUGGAGCUUUUCGAGAGAGACCUGCAAAGCCUACAGCAUUUCGCAAAUUCUAUGAGCGAGGAGACUUCCCAAUAGCUCUGGAACAUGAUACAAAGGGAAACAGGAUAGCCUGGAAGGUGGAGAUUGAAAAACUGGACUACCACCACUACCUGCCUUUGUUUUUUGAUGGGCUGUGUGAGACAGUGCACCCUUAUGAGUUCUUCGCACGACAGGGCGUUCACGAUAUGCUGGAGCACGGAGGCACCAAGAUCCUCCCUGUCAUCCCACAGCUGAUCAUUCCCAUCAAGAAUGCUCUGAACACACGAAACAAGCAAGUGAUCUGUACCACGUUGAAGGUCCUGCAGCACCUGGUAGUUUCAGGAGAAAUGGUGGGAGAGGCACUGGUGCCUUACUACAGGCAGAUCCUUCCCAUCCUGAAUAUCUUCAAGAACAUGAACAUAAAUUCUGGAGAUGGGAUUGACUACAGCCAACAGAAGAGAGAAAACAUCGGGGAUCUGAUCCAGGAGACGCUGGAGGUGUUUGAGCGCUAUGGGGGCGAAGACGCCUUCAUCAAUAUCAAAUACAUGGUCCCCACAUACGAGUCCUGCAUGCUGAACUGAGAGGAGGUCAGCACACACUCCCAGACCUCAGCCUCAGACCCUCACACAGCACCACAUGCUUUCAUUAGACUGAAACUUCCCUUUGUAAAUGAUUAAAUUCCUAACAGCAUUCUUUAUUUCUGUUGUUUGAAAUACCUGUUCGUAUUUCCCCAUCCUGUUAAACACCUUUGGAAAGCACAUUUUUUUUCUUUUGAAAAAAAUAUUAAUUAUCCUUCAUUAAAGCAACAUUUUUUUCAAUCA